AUGGCGCCCGCGCAGCGCCCGCUGCUGCCGCUGCUGCUGCUGCUGCUGCCGCUGCGUGCGCGCAACGAGGACCCGGCCCGCGCCAACGCUGACCGCUACGCAGUCUACUGGAACCGCAGCAACCCCAGGUUCCAGGUGGGCGCCGUGGGUGACGGCGGGGGCUACACGGUGGAGGUGAGCAUCAACGACUACCUGGACAUCUACUGCCCGCACUACGGGGCGCCGCUGCCCCCGGCCGAGCGCAUGGAGCGCUACGUCCUGUACAUGGUGAACGGGGAGGGCCACGCCACCUGCGACCACCGGCAGCGGGGCUUCAAGCGCUGGGAGUGCAACCGGCCCGCGGCGCCCGGGGGGCCCCUCAAGUUCUCCGAGAAGUUCCAGCUCUUCACCCCUUUCUCCCUGGGCUUCGAGUUCCGGCCCGGCCACGAGUAUUACUACAUCUCUGCCACGCCUCCCAACCUCGUGGACCGGCCCUGCCUGAGACUGAAAGUUUAUGUCCGCCCAACCAAUGAGACGCUGUAUGAGGCCCCGGAGCCCAUCUUCACCAGCAACAGUUCCUGCAGCGGCCUGGGCGGCUGCCGCCUCUUCCUCACCACCGUCCCUGUGCUGUGGACCCUCCUGGGCUCCUAGUGUCGGCUUUCGGACACCGGCCGCACCUGGACGCCUUGACCUUGGCACCCUGACCCGCCGAGGCCGCCUCCGAGACAAAAACCCUUGCUGCUCUUUCAUGGUGCUGCCCUGCAGGAGGCCGUGCGCUGGACCCUGGCGGGCGGCGCGGGCUCCCGGUGCUGAGGAGGGGACCCAGGCUGAGCCACUUUGUCCAGGGCUGCCAGGGAGCUCCAGGGCCACCCAGUGUUGUUUCGUUUCAGUCAGAAAGACUUAAGGUUCUUGUUUUAAUUUAAUUUAUUCCCUGAUAUCGCUGGUGAUGCUGGGAAGGGAGGAAGCCAGAGGGGUGAGGUGGAGCCCUCUCUGGCCUCAAGCCACUCCUGUUUUGGGGAGCCCAGAUGGAGCCCACCAGGGACCUGCCUCGGGUUCCUCAGGCCAGGCAAGCCUGAGCCAGGAAGGGUACAUGGUGCCAGCUCCUCACUGGGGCACAGGGGGCCUCACCCCCUCUUCUAGCCACUGUUGAGCCCCUUUCCCUCAUCAUCUCAGAAAAUCCUCCAGCCCUUGCUAUCCACCUCGCUCCCCCCACCUCCUCCACCGGGCACAACCCACAACCGUCUCCAGGCCUGGGAAGACGUUUUAUUUCUGUAUAUAGAAACCAGCAAGUGUAUACUGUGAUUUAUUUUAAUGUAUUCUUAAGGACAGAAUGGAAAAUCUUUUUAAAAAUUUUUUCCAGACCUUUGAUUUGAGGGGACUUUUAUUUUUUUUUGGGGGGGGGAGGGGA